AUGGAGACUGGCGCUGACUCCAGUGCCGCCAUUGCCGAGGCUUGUGGUCUUUCUCUUAACCAGAGGAUCUUGGCUUUUGCUCCUGAGGCUCCUUCUGCUCGCAAGCCUGUCGAUCUCCGUUCCAUUUACGCUCCCUCUGCUUCCUCCAAGAAGGUGAAUGCCGUCCCUGCCGCCUUCAGGCGCAAGAUCUGCACUGCUCCCGAGAAGGUUUUGGACGCACCUGGUUUGGUAGAUGAUUACUACCUCAACCUCAUGGAUUGGUCUGCUGCCAACACCCUCGCCAUUGCCUUGGAGCGUACUGUUUACAUCUGGAACGCCUCUUCCGGUGAUGUGAGUGAGUUGUGUGAGGUUGCUGAGCACACCUUUGUUACCUCUGUCAAGUGGUCUACUGAUGGUUCCCACUUGUCCAUCGGUCUCGACUCUGGUGAUAUUGAGAUCUGGGAUCCUACCAGCACUAAGAAGAAGCCUCUCAGGACCAUGAGGGGUCACGAGAGCCGCGUUGGUGUUAUGUCCUGGAACUCCGGUCUCCUUACCUCUGGUACUCGUUCUGGUGCCUUGUGGAACCACGACGUCCGUAUCCGUGAGCACAAGACCGCUUCCCUCGAGGCCCAUGCCGCUGAGGUCUGUGGUUUGGAGUGGCGCGCUGAUGGUACUUUCCUUGCUUCCGGUGGUAACGACAACCUCGUCGCCAUCUGGGAUGCCCGCAACACCCGUGAAGCUAAGUUCGAGCGUCGCCAGCACAAGGCUGCCGUCAAGGCUUUGGCUUGGUGCCCUUGGCAGUCUACCCUCCUCGCUACUGGAGGUGGUACUGCCGACAAGCAGAUCCACUUCUGGAACGCCAACACCGGUGCCCGCGUCCAAUCCGUCGAUGCCGGAUCCCAGGUCACUGGUCUCAAGUUCUCCUCCACCUACCGCGAGCUCGUCUCCACCCACGGUUUCCCCGAUAACAACCUCACUGUGUGGUCCUACUCCUCCUCCACCGCGACCUGUGCUCGCACCAUCGACAUCCCCGCCCACGAGUCUCGUGUCCUUGGGUUGGGAUUGUCCCCUGACGGUUCUACCGUCGCUACCGUUGCCGCUGAUGAGAAUUUGAAGUUUUGGAAGGUGUGGGACAAGGUUAAGGGGAAGGGAUCGUCGUCUGGAAGUUCGGCGAGGAGUGUUGAGAAGAAGAUGGAGGCUGUUGCUGGGAUUCGCUAG